AUGGUAGCCAGAACAUCCGAAUUCGCCAGCGCCUCCUCAAGGCUUCCUGCACUUACCCUAUCGUCUGGCCGUCUUCUGAUCACCUCUCAAUUCACCAAACCACAACUUCCCCCAAUAAGCCUUGAUCUCUCUGGUCAAACGGCUAUUAUAACUGGUGCCAACAACGGCAUCGGGUUAGCUUGCGCCAAGCUUCUUCUUCAGCACGGACUAAGCCAUCUCAUCAUCGCUGUUCGCUCAGAAGCUAAAGGUCAUGAGGCGGCUCAACAGCUGAAACACGUCACCUCGGUUGCCAAGAUCGAAGUCUGUGGGCUUGAUAUGGGGAGUUACAUCUCUAUUGACGCGUUUGUAAAGCGUUGCGAAACGCUCCAUCGUCUUGACUAUGCUAUUCUAAAUGCUGGCAUGGGCAAUGCCACUCACCGAAUUAACGAGUCCACUGGCCAUGAAGAGACUAUGCAGGUCAACUUCUUGUCUACCAUGUAUCUAUCGGUUCUUUUGCUCCCGCUGCUGAAACAAAAAUCAUUGUCAUCAAACCCGGGACGACUGACUGUGGUCAACUCAGGAAUGUCCAUGCAUUGCGAAUUACCUGAGGCAAAGUCAGACCCAUUGAUCCCCGCUUUCGACGCGAAAGCUACCUUUGAUGGAAUGUCUCACUAUGCGAAGUCGAAACUCCUUGGACAGCUUUUUAUCGAUAAGCUAGCGCGUCACGUCGACCCCCAAGACGUCAUCAUCAACUGUGUCGACCCGGGACUAACAAAGGGCACUGGCCUCAUGGACAAGUCUCCGAUAGUGAUGAAAGUGUUCAUGACUAUCAUGAUGAGGUUUCUCGGGCGCACCCAGGAACAAGCUGCCUCAACUUAUGUCGAUGCUGCCAUUGUCAAGGGAGAAGAAGCCCAUGGGUCAUAUGUGAUGGACUGGCGAAUUUACCCUGCAGAGCGGCAGGAGGUCCAGGGCCGGUUAUGGAAGGAAAUGAUGAAUGAGUUUGAGUUUGCAGGCAUGGAGGAGAUUAUCGACUCGAUGGGCAAAUGA